UCGCAAACAGACAGAAAAGACUGGUUCUUUUUCUGACCCUGGAGUGCAUGAUGUCCAGACGUUGGCCAGGCUUCAGUUUCUUAUGCGUGACUGUCUUGCUCUGUUUGGGGAAUGGAGCAUUUGCAUCCAUAGACCCAAAUAAUCUGAGAGAGAUUAUCAACUAUAUCAGACGGUAUGGUCUCAAUAUUCAUUAUGCUGUUGCUGUGAGGCUGGAGGAGCAAUAUUGUAGUGAAACUUCGCAGCAUGCCUUGACGAUUCCGUUGCCUACAGGAGAGAUGGAAGACAUGAAGAAAAAGAUCAGUGAUAAGCAAAUUGGCAUAUAUAACCCAGAGCCUAUAGGGAAUAUAGUUGCAGCCAGGCCAAAGCUUCUGAAACAUCGUAAAGAACAUGCUGAAUGGCGCCUGCUGACUGGAGGCCAGAAUAGUCCAGUAGAAAGGAUCUUGGCUAAUAAGGAUAGAGGCUGUUUGAUAUUCUUUAGCAAAUUAUCUCCUUGUACAGACCGCUGUCUCAACAAGGCAGACAUGAAAAACAUUGUGCAGAUGGUCAACCCCCUUUUUGACCGGUUUCCUCAAGAUUUCAAGGCUUUUGUUUUUGAGACUGUUUAUGAGAAGGACGCAAAGGAGGAGGAGAAGGAGGCUGUGGUGGAGGCCUGGAAAAGCAUCCGGAAUUCCCCCCUAUUCCGGUGCUACAAUGACAACAGAGGCUGCAUUAAAUGCUUUGACAACAACCAAACGGCUGACAAUCCAUGCUUACGUGAUUAGAGAGAGCCAGAAAGAUGGUAAUGAUGUACCUUUUGGCAGGCAGUUGUGUGACCUCAUGAUUGUCAAGUUGGUUUCUGGGUAGAUUGCCUAUAGAGUCAAGGCUUUCCCUGCUUUAACCAGAUUAACCUUUGCAUAUGAUGCAUAUACUUUUCUGCUUUGUUGUUGAAUCAAUAAAUAUUGAGA